GUGUGAUGUCAUGGUCAAGAUUGGCUUAUAGCUGCAGCGCUUACUCUGCGUAUGGCAGCUAAGUUGAAAGGAAGAACUGAAGCCAAUGCAUUUGAGAAGCAGAAGGGUGGGGGACAGUGUGGUGUUUUAACAUAAGCAAAUUGCCAUUAGCUGGUGCCAGGCAGCGGAAAGAAGAAAAGAGAAGGAACAAGCGUCCCGAGGGGAAGUCUGCAACAGAGAAUUGUGUGCAGCAGUGUGCAUGCAGGUUUGCAGAGUGGGGCCCAGAGAGUGCAACAAGGUCUUUGAGCUUUUUUAAUGAGACUUCCCCUAAAGGCACGUCACGCCUCAGCUGCAGUUCUGGGAACUCAUGGACAGGAGACGAGGAAAAAUGAAAAAUAAACCUAAUUUAAAAAUCUCCGAUGAAGUCUUCAAACAGCCAGUUACCAGUCCAACGCCGCCACGAGAUCUGGAUUCGAAGGCUUGCAUUACAAUUGGAGACCGAAAUUUUGUGGUGGAAGCUGAUGAUUUGGUACCUAUCAAUGAACUGGGCCGAGGAGCAUAUGGAGUGGUGGAGAAGGUGCGGCAUACACCCAGUGGAACCAUAAUGGCCGUAAAGAGAAUUCGAGCAACUGUGAACACCCAGGAACAAAAGCGAUUGCUAAUGGACCUAGAUAUCUCAAUGAGAACGGUUGACUGUUUCUAUACAGUCACAUUUUAUGGAGCACUGUUUCGUGAGGGUGAUGUGUGGAUAUGUAUGGAACUACUGGACACGUCGCUGGACAAAUUCUACAAAAAAGUGAUUGAGAAAGGAAAAACUUUCCCUGAGGAUAUUUUGGGAAAAAUAGCUGUAUCUAUCGUGAAAGCAUUAGAGCAUUUGCAUAGCAAGCUUUCUGUGAUUCACAGAGAUGUAAAACCUUCAAAUGUUCUCAUCAAUAAGGAAGGCCAUGUGAAGAUGUGUGACUUUGGCAUUAGUGGGUAUCUGGUGGACUCUGUGGCUAAAACGAUGGACGCAGGCUGCAAACCGUACAUGGCUCCUGAGAGAAUUAAUCCAGAUCUGAAUCAAAAAGGGUAUAACGUGAAGUCUGAUGUCUGGAGUUUAGGAAUCACAAUGAUUGAAUUAGCAAUCCUGCGGUUUCCCUACGAAUCCUGGGGUACACCAUUCCAGCAGCUGAAGCAGGUUGUGGAAGAGCCUUCUCCACAGUUACCUCCUGAACACUUCUCAAAGGACUUUGUGGAUUUUACGGUGCAGUGUUUAAAGAAGAACCCCAAAGAUCGCAUGAACUACAUUGACCUUAUGGAGCACCCAUUCUUCAAAACUCAUGACGCUAAUGAAACAGAUGUGGCCUCAUUUGUAAAAGAAGUUUUAGGAGACGAUCCUAUCUGAAGCCUGAGUAUACUAGAUGCAAUGUUCAUUCCUUUUUUGUUCUUGCAUCAUCCAAUGGGACUUCCAUUUAAGAGUGAACUUAGUUACUUAAGAAGAGGCCGUUGAGUUUAUGGCUGUUUGUGUAAGUUGUUCUAUGCCAGAUAUCUCUCUGCUAUAUCUAACUGAUUCUGAGAGGUUUUGCUUGCACCUCAAUGAUCAUUAUGAAAGCUGUGAGAUCCGAAACCAGUGUGCAGUUUUAAAAGCAAAUCUGAGCCCGGUCCUUCAGGUGUGGGGGAGGAUGAACCCAGUGUAAACCUGACCACAAGAAGGCAUGGUCUAUUGCUCCUGUCCUAGUCUCUCUUCUUUGCUUCUUUCAAUUCAAUCCAAUCCCAAGCAGCCAUAAACUCUUGAUCAUUCUACUCCUGGCCAGAUUAAUGUUGGCUACUGUAUACAUUUAAGUGUGAGUCCUGCUUGCAAAGAGCAGAAAAAGGAAAGCAGACUAUUUCUGACAAUUGUUCAUUCACUCUCUUGAUGGUAUUUAUAUUUUUGUUUGUUGCAUGGGUUUUCAUUCUGUGUGUCACUGGGGUCUAAACAUGUAGCACUUCAGAAACCAGCAAGGAUCUCAAAGAAGACCAGAUACUGUGAAAACUAGCAGAAUUAAGGCAGCCAUCUAUGAAAAGAUGCACAAUUUAAUAGCAGUUCUAGCUGGUAGGUGAAGAAAGAUCUUCCCAGACGUUUGUUGCAUAGCAAUCAGCCACGUGUCUCAAAACAAAAAUGUCCUUAAAUAUUUGUAUCCAUGCUACAGAAAUAAAUUGGGAUAGCAGUAGGAAUAUCUAACAGCUAUUUAUUUCCAAUAUGUUAAAAAUAUUUCCACAAAAUAAUAAGGGGCAGCAAGCAUUGUUGGACCACUAAAUUGAAUGGUGAGUGCUUGUUUGUGCUGCCCGAUACAGGAGUUCACACUUGUAUUUCUGACAAUAGGGAAAGAGAAGUGCUGGGCAGUAGCUGAGUGUUACCUUGUCACAGGUAGCAGAAGGAUGAAAUUUGCCUUAUCUAUUCCAACAUAGUCUGUAGAUCCCAAUGUCACUCCAGACUCGGUAUGCUGUUUGAGUGUUGGAGAGUGAUGGGGGUGUGGUAAUGCACCCUUAGGAGAGAGUGAGACAACAAAUGGAAAGAGAAAACUAAAUGAAGCUCAAAUGAUUUGCAUAAAUAUAACUUAAAAUACAUCCUACACAAAUGGGAAUUGACUGGAUCUUGUCCUCCUUGAGGGUUUAAAUUUAAUGAUAUCCCAAUAUCUUAAAAAGAACAGAUCAGAUUUGAUUGGGAUCAAUCCCUUGCUACUCUGUCAUUGCAUCAUUUGGUUGUGCCAAACUGAAUUGUCUGCUUGUGUCUUAUAAGCUUCAAAUAUUCGGUAGUGUACAAAGCCUACAUGGUCCUUUGCUCUUGAAGACCGAUGUUAAGAAGUUUCUAACUGGAUUCAUUCUGCAAAAGGCUGGGAUUGCUGUGCUGUUUUGGGGGGGAAAAGUGUUAGCUUUACAGAAACUACACAUUGUUAACCUGAAAAUGCAUGCAGCACCUGUACAAAGUGCAGAAGAAAAAUCCCAUUUUUAUAUUUGUUUAGGGCUGCAAAGAUAUCCAAACAGUUCAAAAUAUAGGAUCCUUUUUUCCAAUAUCUAGCAUACUUACAAAAUCUACAUUGGAUUAUCCCAGGCAAUGCACAAUAGUGAAUGUAUGGUUUAGUAAUAAAGUAUCGGCACUCUUGAUUCCUCGAUUAUUAAGAGCUGAAUUGGAGCAAGCCGUUCUGUUAAAGGAUUCUCGGUUUACUGUCUAGAAUGUGCAGUUAGCUAAUCUUGGGCAAGGAUGGUAGAUAGACUGCAGAUGAUUCCUUUUUAAGAAGCAAGUUCAUAUACACUUUAUAUAAUCACUUAUUGAUAUGUUGCAGGAAUGGACUUUGAGGUAGCUCAGUGUGUUUAGCUGUUUGAUAAAUGAACCAGCAAGACUAUGUCCAAUAAUCAUUUACUGCUGAAUAAACUGCAGAAGACUAAUCUUCUGUGCAUUUGGAGUCUGGACAUCAGCCAGGGAUUGAGGGGUCAUUCAACAACUAUCCUGCGAAGAUUGAAUAGUUGCUGAAUGACUACAUUCAGGUAACCUAUCAACAGUAUGAUUUGCACAAGAACAGCAACUAAUUGCACUAGCCAUAUCUCCAGCCUGUUGGGUCAUGUAUAUCAAUAAGAAAUAGGAAGUGGUUUAGCAAAUGGAUUGAGCCCAAAUUAUGGUGUGAUCCUAAAGCAAUGCACACACCCAAUGAAGCAGGUGAUGAAACCAGAAAAAAAUUGUCAGUGGACGUUUGAUUUGCUGCAGCUGAUUAGAACUCCUGGAGAACUGAGGUUGCUCUUAACACCUGGAGGACUGAGAUCUGAUAGGAAGGGGAAACUAGUUCUGAUGUAAUGUGCUUCAGAGGUUGUGGUGUGGUGAAAUGCAGUUGGAGUAGGGGACCUGAGGAGCAGAUUUAUCUGGGAGGAGCUUAAACCUGGUUUGUCUGCUGAACAGCUGAGAAAAAUAGACCACAGUACACAAGGCACAUUCUGCAGUCAUACACAACUAUGUUCAGUAAAGGGCAGCUUGAAGCAUCAGUUGAGCCCAUAAUUUGCAAAAGCAAAGGAACAACCACUUCCUCAGGGCCUGCUCCCUGGACUGCGUUUAAGAAUCAGAGCCAAUAUAGCAGCUGGCACAGAAAGUGUGUGCAAACAUUGCCUGCUAAUUUGAACCCAUUUUACAAGUCUAAAAUGCCCAUAGCGCAAUCUCAUUUUUAGACAAUUAGUUUUAGAAUAUUGCAAUAAUUGCUUUGAUUUCCCAAUCUCUUUAAAUAUUGCUUAAUUCGCAGUGGUGUUUUUUACUCAAAAUUUAGCCAAAGAAAAAUAUUUUUAAAAUUCUGCAUGGGUAUGGAGUAUACUUUUUUAUGAAUGGGUUUUAUCCAGAUUCGAAUGUGAAUGUUGCUCAGCUGUUUACUAUCGGCUUGUGUCACACUGUAAUGUACAGACUGGACAACCUGGUCAUUGUAACUGUCGCCAGUUAACUUUGUCAAGCUUUUGUUUCCAUUGGUUUUAAAGACAAUCAAUUCUGGGAAUUGUGUGGAACAUUAAUAUAGCUUUACAUUUCAAAACAUACUUGAAGCAUCAUCAUUUAUAUUUUGUACACUAUAAACUAUAAAGGUAUUUAACAUGGCUAUAUUCAGCUGUAUAUAGUUUAUAGGCACACAGAAUUUACCUUUUAUGAAUUUGUAGAGGAAUAAUUUUAAAUGAUUUUUUUAACUCAAGAAUUGAGUAAAUGUACUUGCAAAAGGUCUUUGAGCAUUUAAAAAAAAAAUUCUAUAUUUUUGAGUCCCUAAGUAUAAUACAUAAAAUACAACUUUCUAGAUUUGCAACAGUUGUGCAUUAAUAUAGUAUUUCAGGAACCUGCCAACUUCAAAUAUUUUCUAUUCUGUGAGCGUAUUUAUUCCUCUCCCUCUCAAGCUGGUCCAUGAAUUCAGAUUUAAGAUGCCUCAUUUGAGGUGAAGGGGAACCUGAAAUUUUUAUCUGGAGGUCAAAUUAUCACCAAACCAAAAGAUCUUGAAGCCAAGAUCAUAUUUGAAUGACCACUAAUAUCUGAGCUCACUUGAUUUAAACAGAUGUAAAUGUGCUUUAUGAAUAUAAUAAAACACUAUUUGCAUGCAGCAAUAUGCAGAAAUUUUUGAAGAUGUUUUGGAAAUUACAAUCAUGCAUUUAGUAAGUUGAAUAUUGGUAGAUAUUCUUAUGGCUAGUUGGUACUGAAACACCAAUCUUUGCGCAAUAAAGGAUUCUGCUUUAUCAGCGAAUCUGAGUCGGGUCUUCCAACAGGAAUAAAACCAAAGGACAGGGGCAAAAAUGUCUAUUUUGAGGUUUUGAAAUGAAUUAUCUCAGAAAUGUCAAUAGUUUUUUGGAGACCUGGUGUCUUCACAUUUACGCUGUCUACAUUGGAUUUGGAUUUUGAGUCUGAGUCUGAGUCGUACAGCAUGGAACAGGCCCCUGUGGCCCAACUUGUUCAUGCUGACCAAGAUGCCCCAUCUAAGAUGGCCCCAUUUACCCAUAUCCCUCUAAACCUUUUCUAUCAAUGUCCAUGUCAGGUUUUUUUUAUGAGCAACACUUUCUUAAACUUCCACUUGGGCUUCAGGAAUAUGGAUGAACUGCCGAUUUAUGUUUUCUGGUAUGCAGUGUUGAUUUCUUAUCUGACUCGCAAGGAACUGCUUCAGUGAGAUUUCUUCUCAAUGAUAGCAGAUCACCGGUGAAGUCCAAUCUUCUACUCCCAAUCCCAGAAUGAAAGUGCGGAACCAGAUCUAGCCAAGUGAUAAUAAAAUCCAACAACUGGGAUGCAUACAUUUUUAUUCCAUGGGUCUGAGCCAAAGAUUUCAACUUUUUAUUUUUGCAGUAGGUCUAUUGACUGCAUUGGUUUCCUAAAAGGAUCUUCCCAUCCCCUUUCCCAAAUUUCCUGUUCUCUCCACUACAGCUAAGAAUCCUUCACACGGUGUUUUUCUUUUUACUGAAAGUGAAGUAUAAAAUUACAUGAAAAAUAAAAAAUAAGAAAUAAUCAGCAGCCCCCCCCCCCCUUAUCUACACCAAUUCCAUUUACCCACAUUAGGGUUGUAGUCUUUGGCAAUUGUAGUAUUUGUCUAAAAUCUUAAAUAUCAUGACAGUAUCUGCUUCCACCACCACCAGCAGGCUGCACUGCAAGCUCCAGCUUGCCCCUGUGUGAACAAUCCUGCCUCACAUCUUAUAACUAUACCCUCUUGUCUCAGAAACUCCCACUGUUCUUGCACUAUCUCUGUUUUAAGCAAUGGUCAACAUUCGCACAGAGCGAUGAAGGCAGUCUCCUUUUAUUUGAGCAAAUGAUGGGUCAUAAUCUGUAAAACCAUGAAUCAAAAGCUGGGGAAGUGGCAACAAAGUAGGUUAUCUCUGGCCCACGUGCUGUAAAUUUCUGAUCUUAGCCUAAAGUAAAGGCAGCUUAAUAGAAAGAUAUAUUUUAUUUGCUAGGAACAGUCAAGACAGAAAUACUACUCUAAACCAGCCCCUAUUUGUUCACUAAAUAUACCCUCAAAGGGAAGAUAAUCAUCCUGUAUCUCCCUGGGAAAUUCUCUGUCUGGAGCUUGUGUAACACGCUCUAGAAUGCAGUCAAUAUUAGCAGCCCAUUUGGGAUUGAUAAAUUGGUUGGCCUUUGCUCAGGUAAUGCUGCUGUAAAAUAGCUUUUGGCUCUGCAUUGAAGUCUGAUUCGAGUGCAGGAACACUUAUUGUUUAAAGCAGAUCAUCCUUCAUAGUCACUCGGUUUCAGCAGAGCACCCACUGUGUAAAGCCUUGGACACCCUAUCUCCAGGGAAAGGUUUUGUUUUAGUUCAUUAACCAAGAGCAACGCAGGAGUUGGAACCACAGGUCAGAUCUGCUGCAAUGCAUGUUUCCAACCAGGGACUGGUACAUGCAACUGUUGCAAGACCCACAAAAUGCUGGCUCAACUCUGCGCAUUGUUGCAGCCACAAUGUAACAGCAAAUGUGUUCAGAUUAUCCCAUCUAAGAAAACGGCCAUAGGUUUAUUUAUAUUCCUGUUUUAUUUUUUCGACAUAGAGGCAUUGCUGCAAAGCUAUUGGUGCUGUGUCACGAACGCAGUUGGAAGCACACUGCUCCAUCCAUUCCAUGGGGGUAUAUAGCCACAUGGGUUAAAUGCUGAAAGAAUGAGACCCACUAACCUGAUUUUGGGAUGGUGCCAUUUGCCUUCAUCUAUAUGUUUUCAUUCAAUAUUGCAUUGUUUUGACACUGUAUAUUUUAUUGUAUUUUGCUGAUUAGCUGUCUUGCUAAAUGUGUGUGAUGCAAAUGUGACUGGGGUGCAUGUUCAAGGUUAAAAGCCAGUUCAGUGGCUUUUUAUAAAAAAUAUGUUCCAUUGCUCCCACGCAUGUAUACAAAAAUAAAAAAAGAUUUUUUUAA